CGGAAAUCGCUUGUCCUUAGUGUACGGCCGCGCGCUUUUCUUCUCUACGCCGUGCGCUGGGACACACGUAAGACGUACGCCUGAGAAGACAAGCGCGAAUGCGCGGCGAAUGCGUGGCGCGGCGCGGGGCGGGGCGGGGCGGGGCGGGGGGGGGCGGGGGCGGGGCGGACUCAGCGGAGCUAGAUUCGCGAUUGAAUUGGCAACCUGUCCGGCGCGCACGCAUGAAGACACGUGAUUGGCUUGACAGCGCACGCGCGAGGUAGGCGCGGGCCGGAGAGAGAGAGAGAGAGAGAGAGAGAGAGAGAGAGAGAGAGAAGGGGUUGUGCCUGUGGUUAGUGCGAGGUGGGGGAGGAGGGCGGGGAGGGGAAGGGGAUGAACGUGACGAAUGAUGGUAAGGAUUUGAUGGGGGUGGGUAUGCUGGUUCCGGCGCCCGGUGUGGCGCAGGAGGACUACGCGAAGAAGAUCCGAAAGCCUUACACUAUCACCAAGUCCAGAGAGAGCUGGACAGAACAAGAACAUGAGAAAUUCCUCCAAGCUUUGCAUCUAUAUGAUCGAGAUUGGAAGAAAAUUGAGCAGUAUGUGGGAACCAAAACUGUGAUUCAGAUUCGAAGUCAUGCACAGAAGUAUUUCCUGAAAGUACAGAAGAAUGGGACAGGAGAGCAUGUGCCGCCUCCGCGGCCCAAGAGAAAAUCUGCGCAGCCAUAUCCGCAGAAGGCUCCAAAACCAGUUCUCGUUCCUUCGGCAAGCACAAAGGUGAACGCAGCGUCCGGGGGCGCUGGACAAAGCCGGCCAGACGGAAACGUGGGCGGGCCAUGGGUGAAGCAGGUACGUAUGAAGCUCUUGUCCUCUGUGUAUGAUAGAGAUGGCUUGGGACUUGAUGGUGCUGGCGAUCCUGGAAUGUCGCCACCGUCUGUAAUGCCUACAAUGCCCACAGUUAGCUGCCCAUGAGACCUGCUUGCACUCGGCGUGUCGGGGCCAUUUUGUAAUCUUCAUUUUCUGAAUCAUUCCAAUCCUUUUAACGGAUGUCCCGGAGGCCUGACUCUUUGUUUUUGUGAUGCUGUCUCUCUGCGCUCUUUCUUCGCCCGCAUCCUCCUAUUGCCCACAUCUGCACAGUCUUUUCCUGAUUCGUAUUACCUUUGCAAGUCUGCAUGUUUUUUUUUUUUUUUUUUUUUUGAAAAGCCCUUGUGCGACACCUCCAUCCCAGUGGUGGUAAGAGAACCUCCGGAAUUGAGGCUUUCCCUGACGGGCUGCUCCAUCCCAUCUAUUGGUGGGGAGCAUCACCUGCCGGAAACCGGGUCCAGCGUCCUCAGUGGCGAUACAAGUCUGCAUGGUCUUAUGACUGUGCUAUCUCAAAAUGAAUCCCCACAGGAAGU